GUCGGGAUAGGUUUCUCAUGUACGUUUCCUUUGUGAUAACCUGAUUGUUGUUCGUACCUCCUGACUUCAGACUCCAUCUCUGAAGACGUCACAGAGCGUUCAUUGCUGGCUGGCUUUACAGAAACGUGUAGGAAAGAAGACAUUCUUAUAUUCUUAUAGAUGUUACACUGUUAGAGAGAUUUGCUCAGGGCUUCUGUAUGGACAGCAAUACCAUAUCGUAGUGUUGAUACUUCAAUGCUAUAGACUACAUCUAUGAUGACGUCAGAGAGCGUCCAUUCAGGCUGGAUUUAUAGAAAACUGGUAGAAAAUAAAUUCUGACAUACGUUCAGGGCUUCUCUAUGGACAGCAAUACCAUAUCGUAGUGCUGAUAUCUCCAGACUAUAGACUACAUCUUUGAAGAAGUCAGAUAAUGUUCUGUUCAGGCUGGAUUUAUAAAAAUAAAAAACCUGGUAGGAAAUAAAUUCUGAUAUACGCUACACUCUUGAAAACAUUUACUCAAAGACUUCUUUAUGGACAGAAAUACCAUAUCAUACAGUGUUGAUACCUCCAGUCAACAGACUACAUCUUUGAUGACGUCCGAGAAUGUUCAUUCCAGGCUGGCGUUGCAAAAACUCGUAGGAAAUAAAUUUUAAUUACUCAAGUCGUCUGUAUGAAAAGCAAAACUCAUAGGAAAUAAUUGUGAUACGCUGUUAGAAACCUUUGCUCAAGGCUUUUGUAUGGACAUCAAUACCAUGUCAUCGAAUGAUUCUACCGACAGAUUUCUUGAACGUGAUCUCCCUUCAAAAUACGGUAACGUCAAUUCUGAUCAGGAAACACGAACUCACACACAGAAAGAAAAGUCUUUUAAGAAACCUUUCAAAUGCGGGAUCUGCUUAAAUUAUUUCUCCAGCAAGGGUAACAUUAAGCAGCAUAUGAAGACCCACACUGGUGAAAAACCAUUUCACUGCGAGGUGUGUAGCAAGGGCUUUCUUCGUAAAGAUUACAUGAGACAACACAUGUUGAGCCACACGGGCGUUAAGCGUUUUAAAUGCGAGGUGUGUGCAAACACUUUCUUUCAGAGGUCCAGCCUUCGAAAACAUAUGGUAUGCCAUAGUGAUGUCGUACCUUACAAAUGUGGGAUGUGCUUGAAGACUUUCUUGUACAAGGGUAACGUUAAGAAGCACAUGCUGACCCACAUCGACAAAAGACCAUUUCAGUGUCAUGUAUGCGGGAAAUGUUUUCUCAGUAAAGACUAUUUGAAACUGCAUAUGUUUUUUCACACUGGCGUUAAGCCUUUCAAAUGCGAGGUGUGCGCAAAAUGUUUCAGUGUGAGUUCGAUUUUACGAGAACACAUGUUGGUUCACACUGGCGUUAAGUCUUUUAAGUGUGACGUGUGCGCAAAAUGUUUCGUUCACCGUUCCAGCUGGAGACAGCAUGUGUUGGUCCAUGCUAAUGUUAAUCCUUUUAAAUGUGAUGUGUGUGCAAAAUGUUUCUCUCAGAGGUCACAUUUGAAACAGCACGUGUUGAUUCACAAUGGCGUUAAGCCCUUUCAGUGUGAUGUAUGUGCAAAAUGUUUCUCACGGAGUCACACUUUGAACAGACAUAUGUCGAUUCACACUGCUGCUAAGAAGGUUACUAUUUGUUAAGAAAGUUCUAAUUUGAAACAGGAUAUGUUGAUUUACACUUGUGCUAAGAAAGUUCCAAUUUGAAACAGUAUUUGUUGAUUUUUACUGGUUUUAAGAUAGUUCCAAUUUGAAACAGCAUAAUUGUUGAUUUACACUUGUGUUAAGAAAGUUCCAAUUUGAAACAGCAUAAUUGUUGAUUUACACUUGUUAAGAAAGUUCCAAUUUGAAAUAGCAUAUAUUGAUUUAUGCUGGUGUCAAUAAAGUUCCAGUUUGAAACAGCU